CCCGCACGAGUGAAGCUUGCACCUGAAGCAACCUCGACCGGCUGCUACAGUCCCAACUCACUCCUAUCUGCGGAAGUCACGCGAUUUGACCGUUCUGGCGUCGAUGAUAAGCAGUUCCUCGAUUCCGAUCAUUGAUUUCCCGGCCAAUUCGGGCACCAUGAGAAACCCAUAACGAUUUCGAAUAUGGAUCUUCCGGGAAGUCAAAGCUCUGGGGAUGCAAGAGUUGAGGCUCUAUGGAGGAAGCUGGAUCCUCAGGGAAAGGGAGAGAUUGACUUGAAAGGUCUUCAACGAGGAUUGAAGAAGAUAGACCACCCAUUGAAGAAUGCCAAUGAUAUGCUGAAGGAUGUUGUCAAAGCCAUGGAUAAGAACGGGGACGACGUUAUUCAGUAUGAAGAGUUCCGCACAUUCGUCGAGCGCACUGAAAAGGAGCUUCUAUCGCUGUUCGAAUCCAUAGACAGAGAUCACAACGGCAAGCUGGACAAGAGUGAGCUGCAACUGGCGUUCAAGAAAGCUGGAUUGAUAGUGCCAAAAGCGAAGCUGAACGAGUUCUUUGCGGAGGUGGACGAAAACCACGAUGGAUACAUAAGCUUUGAUGAAUGGAGAAACUUCCUACUAUUCCUUCCCACAAACACGAAAACCCCAGCCCUCAAAGCGGUCUUGUCUUAUUAUUCUUCUGCAGUGGCGUUAAAUUCCGAGGGCGAUACUUCCAUCAGGGAGGACACACUUGAAGGCCUAGGUAGACUGCCACAGUUUCUUAAUAUUUUGUUUGGAGCUAUUUUCAAGAUCGCCGCGCCUACACCUCCCUCCCUUUCUACGAAACCCCAACAAUCUACAUCUGCAGUCGACGAUCCCACAACAAGUCAAGGAGUCGACGACAAGAUGUUCGAGUUCCAUCACGCCCACUUCAUCGAAGCCACUCGAGACACUGACCUCGAGGAGUCCCGACUUCCAUCCGCCAACCCAGAUCAGUCAGCCAUGGAUAAGAAGGGCAUUUCUGAACAUGUCGCAACCAAGAAAUUCUGGCUAAUUGAAAUUCUUCCCGACCCAGGCUAUUUCGUAGCUGGCGGAGUAGCAGGAGCAUUCUCUCGAACCUCAACAGCCCCUCUAGAUCGCCUCAAGGUUUACUUGAUCGCGCACGUUGAUACUGCGAAAGGCUCUAUUGCAGCCGCAACCCGAGGCGAUGCUAAGGUGGCAGCGAGAAGCUUCGGUAAGCCACUCGUGGAUGCAUGCCGAGAGCUUUGGAAGGCUGGCGGAAUGCGUAGCUUGUUUGCUGGCAAUGGUCUCAAUGUCUUGAAAGUAAUGCCAGAGUCUGCAAUUAAGUUCGGCUCCUUCGAAGCUACUAAGAGAGCACUAUCCCAGCUGGAAGGACAUGGAGAUCCCCAAAAGAUCAAUGGAUAUUCCAAAUUCAUAGCCGGUGGUACCGGAGGUAUUGCAUCACAGCUCGUGGUCUAUCCAAUUGAUACGCUCAAAUUUCGCAUGCAAUGUGAGACCGUCUCGGGCGGCCUGCGCGGCAACAAGCUCAUCAUAGCUACAUGGAAAAAAAUGAUAGCACAGGGCGGUCUCCUCGCUCCUUACCGUGGUUUGACGAUGGGCCUGAUCGGCAUGUUCCCUUACUCCGCCAUUGACCUCGGAACCUUCGAAUUCCUCAAAUCUGCACUCGCUCGCCGCAACGCAAAGAUCUUGGGUUGCCAUGAAGACGAUGCGUUGCCAGGAUCGUUCGCAACCGGCUGUAUUGGUGCGUUCUCAGGAGCUUUUGGUGCCAGCAUUGUCUACCCAAUCAAUCUUUUGCGAACCAGACUGCAGGCCCAAGGAACUGUUCUUCACCCGCCUACGUACACAGGAAUAUAUGACGUUGCACAGAAAACUGUCACCAACGAAGGAAUCCGCGGCUUAUUCAAAGGAAUUACGCCAAAUCUUCUAAAGGUUGUCCCUUCUGUUGCCAUCACCUACGUGGUCUAUGAGAACACUAAGAAGAUCAUGGGCCUACGUUAAUUAUCCAGGGGUGGCUUUGCUAUAGCAACUCACUAUCCGCUGAUAUUCACAGUAGAUAACAAUGGUUAUUUGGGCAGGAGGUAUUAUUGGAUGCUGGGACGUUUUGCAGCAGGUUCGGAUGGGACAUUACUGAGAGGCACUUGCUUCCACAUGGCAUCUCUUUUUUACAUUUCUCACAGACACGGCCUUCGAUAGCGCGCUACUAAGAAGGGGAAUCAUCGAGCAAGCAUUUUCUGCUUGCGGUUCUGUGCAUACUUGCUGCGAUUGUACUUUACGAGGGGUUGGUUGCAUACAGACGGCGUUCACCAUUUGCUUUUAGUCAUACUGGAGUUAGGAUACCCGACCUACGGUUAGAUGGGAUGGUCAUAACAAAUGGGUACGUAGCGCCAAUAGUCACAGUCAUAAGAAUAG